AUGGAAGAUUUGGAAAAAAUGCGCAAAGACGUGGAAAAUUUGGAAAAAUCGAAUUUGGCCAAAAAACAAGUGUUGGCCGAAAUUUUGGCCCAAUUCCAGACGGCCCAAAAUCAGGCCGACACGGAAAAACGCAGGAAUUUUGUGCGAAAUGUGAUGCGCGCUGAAAUUUGUCUGAAAAUCGAGGAAAGCGAGAAGCGGCGACUGCGAAUUUCAGCCAAAUUGUUGGAUUCGUAUCGAUUUCAGCAUUGGACGUGUUUUGGAGUUGGAGUGGAGAAUUUGGAGGAGGAGGGGGAGAUGUGAGUGAUUUUUGGGGAAAGAUUUUGAAAAUUUGAAUUUCCCGCCCAAAAUUUUUGAAAAUUCGGGAAAAUUUGCGAUUUUUUGAACCUAAAUUUGCCACGUGGCACUUUUUGGGGCCAAAAAUAUUGAUUUUUUUGAAAAUUCGGAAAAUUUCUGAUUUUUUAAAGCCUGAAUUUGCCACGUGUUAAAAAUUAAUGAUUUUUUGAAAGAAAAAAGCCACGUGGCAAAUUUAGGCUCAAAAAAUUGCAAUUUUUCAGAAUUUUUUAAAAAAUUGAUGAUUUUUAGCCCCAAAAUUCAAAAUUUUCAAAAAUUAUCGAUUUUUCUGAUUUUUUAAGCCUAAAUUUGCCACGUGGAUUUUUUAUUUUGAAAAAUGAAUAAUUUUUUACACGUGGCAAAUUUAGGCUUAAAAAAACAAACAAAAAAUCGAUAAUAUUUGAAAUUUUGAAAUUUUCGGGUUCCAAAUUUCGAAUUUCUGAAAUUUUGAUGAUUUUUUGAGUUGGCGGGAAAUUCAAAUUUUCAAAAAAAAAAUCGAUGAAUUUCUGGUCCCAAAAAGCCACGUGGCAAAUUUAGGUUCAAAAAAUCGCAAAUUUUCAGAAUUUCUCAAAAAAUCGAUAAUUUUUGGCGGGAAAAUUUAAAAUUUUUCAAAAUUCAUCGAUUUUUCUGAUUUUUUUUGAACCUAAGUUUGCCACGUGUCAAAAAUUCAUCGAUUUUUUUUGAAAAUUCGAAAAAUUUGCGAUUUUUUAAGCCUAAAUUUGCCACGUGGAAAAAAUUCAUCGAUUUUUCAAAAUAAAAAAAGCCACGUGGCAAAUUUAGGCUUAAAAAAUUGCAAAUUUUCAGAAUUUCUCAAAAAAUCGAUAAUUUUUGGCGGGAAAAUUCAAAAUUUUCAAAAAUUAUCGAUUUUUCUGUUUUUUUUUUGAACCUAAAUUUGCCACGUGGAUUUUUUAUUUUGAAAAAAAAUUUCAAAUUUUCAAAACAUCGAUGAAUUUUUGGUCCCAAAAAGCCACGUGGCAAAUUUGGGUUCAAAAAAUUGCAAAUUUUCCGAAUUUUUCAAAAAAUCGAUAAUUUUUGGCGGGAAAAUUGAAAAUUUUCCAAAAAAUUCAUCCGAUUUUUUCUGAUUUUUUUGAACCUAAAUUUGCCACGUGGAUUUUUAUUUUAAAAAUUAAUGAAUUUUUCCACGUUGCAAAUUUAGGUUCAAAAAAUUGCAAAUUUUCAGAAUUUUUCCAGAAAAUCAAUAAUUUUUAGCCGCAAAAUUCCAGAAUCGUCGAAAUUCUCGGCUGCCGCGAAACUCGCUGGACAAUUUUCGACGACGAAAAAUCGAUGCGAAAUUUGCAGACUAUACGGUAGGUUUUGGCUUCUACAGUACAGUAAUCUACAGUACCCCCCUUCUACAGUACCCUUUUUCACAGGCCCCGAAGCUCCGCCCAUUUACACGUGGCAAUUUCAAAUGCACAUUUUUUCGCGGGCUCCAAACCCGAAAUUGUUUUGCACUUCCGAAAAUGCCCGCCAAAUUUGGGACAGUAAGUGAGCUACAGUACCCCCAAAAGCUACAGUACCCCCUACAGUACCCCCUUGCAGAUUAUCCCCUCAAUUUUGUGCCGAAAUCUGGAGCCACGUGGAAUUUCAGACCAUUUGUCUGAAAAUCGAAAAUCUUCCCACAAGGCAAUUGUUUUUGGAAAAUGAAUUUGUGGAUGAGUACGGUAGGUUAGGGAGUACUGUAGACCUACAGUAACCUACAGUAAUCAUUUCCAGCCGCGAUAAUCCUGGCAAAAUGCAUUCAAACUUGCUGGACAUCGAAAAAUCUCGAAAAAAAAUUGCGAAUCUCGAAAUUUCUGCAAAAAUCGCGCCAGAAAUUCCGAUGCAACGAUUUUGAGACGUGGCAAUUUUUGGGCGGAUUUGAGGAAUUCACGGAGUGUUGUGCCAUUUUGGAAGAUGGAAAUCAGGAGGAAAUUGAGCGAAUUUGGACCGCAAAUGCGGAAUUGGCCAGCGAAUUUGUGAAGUUUUUUGAGCAAUAA